ACGUUCCAACGUGUAUCAUAAAUGACAUAACAGUUUUACAUUUAUUUGUUUAAACAUAUUGACACAAGUCUCUUAUUAUAACAGGUGUGCGUAUCGUCAAACGGAAAUCAAUUUAAUUGAUACUUCCGUCAAUGUGGCAGUUUUAAAAAUAUCUUUUUUAUGAAUAGUAGAUUUUUAUGAGUUGGUAAAUGUCCUAUCGCCAUUAGUCUACAGUAUGCCGUUAUUCUGAACGAUUAAAGAAACAGUUACAUAAAUUACUCCUUUUUUUUUUACAAUUCUUAUUUCAUUGGCUUAAGAAGCAGAAUUUAACAACGCAUGCUGGAUCAUAAAACGUUUUUUUAAAAGAGAAAAAAAAAAGUAUAUCGUGGCGAUAAUUGUAACAUUAUAUAAUUUGUUCUUUACUCUAGUUGUUGUCUUUUUCAUUUUUUUUUUUUUCAUUUUUUUUUUGCUUUUAAUUUUCAUUUCUCUAUAAUGGGGUACCUUAAAAAAACGGGUACUGUUUUCAUUUAUGUCGCACUUUUCUUAGCUAUUAUUACGUUUUUACCUGGACUUCCACCAGAUGUUACAUUUUCUGAAUACAGCAUAAAACCAUCAACUAAACUAAGUGGAAAAUUAGAUAUUAAUAAUCGUUUAAAUGGAGCUGAAUUAUUGCACGUUGAUAAGUUAAAAGGUCCCGAAGCCUUUGAUUCAUAUAAUGGAGAAUUAUAUACCGGUUUGGAAGGUGGCUACGUUGUUAAAAUUAAUGAAAAUAAAAUGGAAACUUUUGUAGAAUUUGGUGGAAAGUGUGAUGAAAUCUUAAAGUAUCACGAGUGUGGUAAAAUAUUGGGCUUAAAGUUUGAUAAAAAAGGCAAUUUAUACGUUGUCGAUACUUAUAAGGGUAUUUUUAAGGUUGAUCCUAAAGGAUAUUACCAAAAAAUUGUAGACAUAUCUAAACCAAUAAAUAAUAAAGUUCCACAAAUACCUAAUAAUUUAGAUAUAGCAGAAAAUGGUGAUAUAUAUUGGACAGAUUCUAGCACAGAUUUUCCAUUGUACGAUGCAAUCUACACAACAUUAGUUAAUCCAUCCGGAAGACUUAUUCGAUAUAAUGCAGCUACGAAGACCAAUGAAGUACUAAUGGAAAAUCUGGCAUUUGCGAAUGGAGUUAAAUUGAGUAAAGAUGAAAGUUUUUUAUUGGUAGUAGAAUCGUUAUCUUCGCGUAUAAAUAAAUAUUAUUUGAAAGGACCUAAAGCAGGACAACAUGAAAUAUUACACGAAGGUCUUCCUGGUAUAUUAGAUAAUAUACAUGAAGAUAAUAAUGGUGGCUUCUUCGUUAGUAUAUAUAGUUAUAUAGAUGAGGAAAAUCCUAAUUUAGUACACACAUUAAUGCCGCACCCGAAUAUAAGAAAAAUGAUAGUAAGACUCUUAACGAUUAUAGAAUAUCCAUUUAAAUGGAUACAAAAUGCUUAUCCAAACUUUUUCGCUGAAAGAAUAGUUCAUGCGAUUGGUUCUUUAGAAACAUUUAGUUUCUUGUUUCCACCUAAGUCGAUAGUAUUGAAUUUUGAUGCGACAGGAAAACUUGUUGAUGCUGCAUAUGCGACAGAUGAAAGGAUCAAAAUGAUAAGUUCUGCUUUUGUUCACAAUGGUUAUCUAUGGCUUGGAUCACCACAUAGCAAAUAUGUAGCUCGAGUACCAUUGAAACAAGCCUUUCCACAUUUAGCACAAAUGGAAAAAGUAGUACAUCGUUCAAGUCAACAAGAUACAAAGGAAAUUCCAAAAGCACAUAGUACUACAAUUAAACCACCAAAACCUGUAGAAACUCCUACUGUUAAAACAACAGCUAAACCUGUAACCAAAACUGCUGAAAAUAUGGAAACUGGAAAAAGUCCUCAAGCCUCUACUCAACAGCCAAAAGCAACUACUUUGAAACCAAGUACAACGGCACCACCACCAACUACUACCACUGUCAAACCAAGUACGACAGCUGUACCAACUACCACUGUCAAACCAACUACACAGACAGCAGCACCAACAACUACUGUCAAACCAACUACUACAACGACAGCUGCACCAACAACUACUGUCAAACCAAGUACGACAGCAGUACCAACUACAACUGUCAAACCAAGUACACAAACAGCAGCACCAACUACUACUACUACUACUACUACUGUCAAACCAAGUACUGCAUCUCAAACAACUUCAACUCCAAAAGUAACCACAACUAAACCUGUUGUAAAACAAAAUGUUGAAACUGGUGCAAAACCUAACAAUCAAGAAAUUAAAUCUGAAACAGUGAAGCCAGUUGCAACGAAACCAAAUAUUCAAGUAGACUCCACGAAACAAAAUGUACAAGUUAACAAAGUAGUUUCUGACGUUAAGUCUGAAGCUGUAAAAGAAACAAAACCAGAAGUAAACAAACAAACAGUUCAAAAUACUCAAACUGAAGCUCAAAAGCAACAAGUUCAAACACCAGAACUUCGUAAUAAUGAAUCUCCUAAAACAAUAAAUAAUAAUAAUAAUAAUAAUAUUAAUAAUAACAUUCCAAAAUAGAUAAGAUAUUGAUACUGAUAUUAAUAUUAAGAU